CUGAGCAUCAUUUAUAAUUCCCCACAACCCCACUCGCCCUCUUCGUUCUCUCUCACUCGAACGAAUCCAACGCAGUCGAAGUCGAGCGCCAUGAGGAAGUGGGCGAUCCCCUCGGCUCUCCUCCUCCUCCUCCUCCUCUCCACCAUCCCCGAUCAAGGGCGCAAGCUCCACGCGAAUGCGGAGGAGAGCGGCGACUCCGACGAGCUCGCGGACCCCCCCAAGGUCGAGGAGAAGCUCGGAGCCGUCCCCAGUGGCUUGUCCACCGAUUCCGAUGUCGCCAACAGGGAGGCCGAAUCGAUCUCGAGGAAGACUCUUCGGAGUAAUGCUGAGAAGUUUGAGUUCCAAGCUGAGGUUUCCCGUUUGAUGGAUAUAAUCAUCAACUCGCUCUACAGUAACAAGGAUAUCUUCUUGAGGGAACUCAUCUCCAAUGCAUCAGACGCAUUAGAUAAGAUCAGGUUCUUGUCCCUUACUAAUAAGGAGAUCCUAGGUGAAGGUGACAACACAAAGCUUGAAAUCCUGAUUAAGUUGGAUAAGGAGAAGAAGAUCCUUUCCAUUCGUGACCGAGGUAUUGGUAUGACAAAAGAAGAUCUCAUUAAGAACUUGGGGACCAUUGCCAAAUCUGGAACUUCAGCAUUUGUGGAAAAGAUGCAGACAGGGGGUGACCUCAAUCUCAUCGGGCAGUUUGGUGUUGGGUUCUACUCAGUUUACUUGGUCGCUGACUAUGUUGAAGUUCUUAGCAAGCACAAUGAUGACAUACAGUAUGUAUGGGAGUCUAAGGCUGAUGGGUCUUUUGCCAUAUCUGAGGAUACUUGGAAUGAGCCCCUAGGACGUGGAACUGAAAUAAGACUGCAUCUUAGAGAUGAAGCCAAGGAGUAUUUGGAAGAAGACAAACUGAAGGAACUGGUCAAGAAGUAUUCUCAAUUCAUCAACUUUCCCAUUUAUUUAUGGGCUAGCAAAGAGGUGGAUGUAGAAGUGCUGUCUGAUGAAGAUGAAUCUACUGAAUCCAGCGAGGAAGAGGAAUCAUCGGAAACCACCUCUUCAGAAGAUGAAGAAACCGAAGAGGAAGGUGCUGACAAGAAGCCCAAAACUAAAACUGUGAAGGAAACAACUUAUGAAUGGGAAGUUCUGAAUGAUAUGAAGGCUAUAUGGCUCCGUAAUCCUAAGGAGGUCACUGAUGAAGAAUACUCCAAAUUCUAUCACACUCUAGCUAAGGAUUUCGGUGAUGAAAAACCUCUAGCUUGGAGCCACUUUACAGCUGAAGGUGAUGUAGAGUUCAAAGCUCUUCUCUUUGUGCCUCCAAAGGCUCCUCAUGAUCUUUAUGAGAGCUAUUACAACUCCAACAAGUCCAACUUGAAGCUGUAUGUCAGAAGAGUCUUCAUUUCCGACGAAUUUGAUGAGCUUCUUCCCAAGUACCUUAGCUUUUUGAAGGGUCUUGUUGAUUCAGACACAUUACCGCUCAAUGUGUCACGUGAAAUGCUUCAACAACACAGCAGUCUUAAGACCAUUAAGAAGAAAUUAAUCCGUAAGGCUCUUGACAUGAUUAGGAAGAUUGCAGAUGAAGAUCCUGAUGAAUUUAGCAACAAAGAUAAGACAGAUGAUGAGAAAUCUAGUGAAAAUGAUGAGAAAAAGGGACAAUACGCUAAGUUCUGGAAUGAAUUUGGUAAAUCCAUCAAGCUUGGCAUUAUUGAGGAUGCAACUAACAGGAAUCGUCUUGCUAAGCUCCUUAGAUUUGAGAGCACGAAGUCUGAAGGUAAACUUGCCUCGCUUGACGAGUACAUCUCAAGAAUGAAGCCAGCACAAAAGGAUAUAUUCUACAUCACGGGUACAAGCAAGGAACAGUUGGAGAAAUCUCCAUUCCUUGAGAGGCUCACCAAGAAGAAUUAUGAGGUUAUUUUCUUCACCGACCCUGUGGACGAAUACCUGAUGCAAUACUUGAUGGACUAUGAGGACAAGAAGUUCCAGAACGUGUCCAAGGAGGGUCUCAAACUUGGCAAGGACUCGAAGCUGAAGGACCUCAAGGAGUCCUUCAAGGAGCUGACUGACUGGUGGAAGAAUGCUCUUUCAAGUGAGAAUGUUGACUCUGUAAAGAUAAGCAACCGCUUGGACAACACUCCCUGUGUGGUUGUCACGUCCAAGUAUGGGUGGAGUGCAAACAUGGAGAAGAUCAUGCAGUUGCAGACCCUCUCUGAUGCUAGUAAGCAGGCGUACAUGCGCGGCAAGAGGGUUCUUGAGAUUAAUCCUAGGCACCCAAUCAUCAAGGAGCUUCGUGAUAAAGUCGCGAAGGACUCUGAGGAUGAAAGUGUGAAGCAGACAGCGCGGCUCAUAUACCAAACAGCCCUGAUGGAGAGCGGUUUCACGCUCAAUGAUCCCAAAGAGUUCGCCUCGAGCAUCUACAAGUCUGUGCAGAAGAGCCUCGACAUCAGCCCUGACGCAACCAUUGAGGAGGAAGACGACACAGAGGAAGCCGAGGCCGAAGAGAAGGACACAGCCACAAAGGGGACCGAUGCCGAUUCUACAAACGAGGAGGCUGAAUAUUCUUCUGAAAAGGACGAAUUGUAGACUCUUUAAAUCGUGCUUUUGAUGGUUCGAACCCUUACGUUUUUUUCCAUAGGUUUUGAUAUAACCUUAUCAGGAAACUAAACCCAGAAAAUGACCAAGUUGAGUGCUAUCCAAAUUCUUAUGCAUUAAGCGCAUAAUCGAAUAGGUUUUUGAGGUGUAUUGUAGUUAGUUUGAUCAAACGAAAGUACUGUUUGGAAAAAGCUUCAUGCUGGUUCGCAGCAUGAGUUGGGUUUAAUUAAUGAUUAGACCAUCUUUGAGAUUUAAGCUUCUGAUGAAUGAAUGUUUUUUUUCUCUUUUUUU